UGUAUGAAGUGGAUUUCCCAGCCUGUUAACAGUUGAAAAGCAUCCUCGUUUGACUCCUAGUCGCCAUGGCAGCGGUGGUCAGCUACUCUCCUCCGUGGUGGGUGAACCUACUUAACAGACUGCCCCACUUCAACUUCAAGUUCGAGCAAACAAGCAGCGAUUUUCUACCAGAGGAAUGGUCAUAUCAACAGUCUAUCCUGUUGCUGGGGAGUGUGGCGCUGGCCUGUCUGGCUCUCGACCUCCUGUUCCUGCUCUUCUAUUCCAUUUGCCUUUGCUGCCGGCGGAACAAAAGUCUGGAUCAGCCCAAUGCAGACUGUUGCUGCACAGCGUGGUGCGUCAUCAUCGCUACACUCGUGUGCAGCGCUGGCAUUGCUGUCGGUUUCUAUGGAAACGGCGAGACUUGUGAUGGAGUGAAUCGGAUGACGUAUUCCCUCCGCCACGCCAACCGUACAAUCACUGGGGUGCAAAAGCUGGUAUAUGACAGUACAUCCUCAUUGAACCAGACAGUAGAUGACAAUCUCCAGCAGCUUGAGGCCCAGUAUGCACAGCAUGCCGACUACCUGUCUAUCAUCCAAAAGCUGCAGGGCCAGCUGGAUGAGCUGGUCAGACAGAUGGUGGAGAUUCCUUUUUGGGACAACUCCAAUAUCUCCCUGGACGAGCUGGCCGUCAACGCUGAGCUAUACGACUGGUAUAGGUGGCUCGGGUACCUAGUCCUCCUGCUGUUCGACGUCCUCAUCUGCCUUCUGGUGCUGUUUGGCCUCAUUCGCAACUCCAAAGGAAUACUUAUAGGGGUGUGCGUGUUUGGUGUCUUGGCUCUGAUAAUCAGCUGGGUCUCCCUGGGGGUAGAGUUGGCCGUAUCUGUGAGCUCCAGUGACUUUUGUGUUUCUCCUGAUACAUAUGUUACCAAAGUGGUGGAGCAGUACGGAGUCAUCAGUCAAGAUACCCUGCAGUACUACCUUGGUUGCAGUUUAGAUCAAACCAACCCCUUUCAGCAGAGGCUUUCCGGGAGCCACAAAGCUUUAGUGGAGAUGCAGGACGAUGUGUCGGAGCUGCUGCGCUCUGCCACCAGAGAAUAUAAACAAACCAAGGGAACUUUGGAGGAGAUCCAGGGUAUCCUCAACAACACAGAGAUCAGCCUUCAUCAGCUCACUGCUCUGGUGGACUGUCGCAGCCUUCACAUGGACUACGUCCAGGCCGUGACCGGAGUGUGCUACGACGGACUGGAAGGCCUCAUAUACCUCGUGCUCUUCUCUUUCGUCACAGCUCUCAUGUUCAGCUCCAUCGUCUGCAGUGUGCCACACACCUGGCGGGGAAAGCAGCCCGAAGAAGACAGCGAGGACGAUUCUCUGAGUCACGGAGGAAGGCAAACCCAUGACAACCUGUACCGGGUCCACAUGCCCAGCCUGUACAGCUGUGGCAGCAGCUUCGGCAGCGAGACCUCCAUCCCUGCUACAGCCCACACUGUCAGCAACGCACCUGUCACAGAGUACAUGGCUCAGAACUCCAACUUCCAGAACCAGAACUCUCGUUGUGAAAACACACCGCUGAUUGGGCGCGAGUCUCCUCCUCCCUCGUUGUAUUUGACUGCUGCGGACAGUAACAGCGGUCACUGCUGGCAGUUAAAGCCCUCGGAGAGUUCAAGAUCAUUUUGGUAACAUCGUCUGCUAUGCUAACAGUACACCUCCAGCAUGCGGGCCAAGUACCUGGCAAACAGCCGACCGGAUCCCAACAGCCCACCAGCACAUCAAACACCGCAGAGCCCCUCCAGCGUGCAGCACUGACCUCUCCUCCACCCACCAGUCCUGUCAUUCAGUCUUCUGCUUCCUGCCACCAUCAACUGCCUCGCUUGAUUCAAAGCAAAUGUGCUUUUUGCCGGUUGGUUAAAGCAGAGAUCACGGACAUCAUCAGAUCUCAUCUCAUGAGUCGGGAGUGCAGGAUCUACUUCUGCAGCCUCCAAACUGGCAUGAAUCAUCCCUGGUGCUGAGACUGAACUACAGCUCUGAUGCGAUGGAGCCUGGACUCUUUUCCAGCUGAACACACCACGACAUUCACCAUGACGUGCACCGUCACUCCCAACGAGGCAUCGUGGUGGUGGGGAGUCUGGAAGUGCUCAUAGACUAACACUGGUUGUGUUUGUGAAGUACUGUACUGUCUUUACUGUGGGAGGAGUCACAGGAAGACCCGUCACUUUCCUCUUAUCUGACGUAUAAAUAUAAUCUCUCUUCUGAUGCACCUGGCAUCCAUCAAAUUGUUGUAUAGAUUCACUUUACAGUUAAAACUUCAGCUCCUCACGCCUCUUUCCUGCUGGAGGAGCCUGAAACCCGGGUGAGAGUGGGUUUACUGUACAUGGCACAUGCGCCACACUCUUAUACGGCUUCUCGUGGUAUUCUGUCUUAAAUCCGAUGUCUGGGACCAGUUUUCCUGCGGUAUUGCACGUUUUACAAAGCCACGGCACUAUUUGCCGUGGCUUUUUUGUUUUUGUUUUUUUAAUGGUGUGAUGAGCCCCACAUCCUCAGUGGUGACUGUAACCUGUGAAGCUGGACCUGGCACAUCUUUAACUGGCUCUAAGAUGAGCUGAGUGAUGGAAACUGCUGAGUUUGAGAUGGAAGAGAAUAUUUUAUACCACUGGACCCUGAUUCCUUAUAAAAGGUGGUGAAGCAGGAGAAGAGUGAGGAUUACAAACUCCUCCUCCACCUGCGUGUUUCAAGAACACGCACACGUUUACUCUACCCGGCCACAGACCUGUCCACAAAAUACAUGUCAAAGUUUUAAACCACAUUUAUCUGAAAAUAUACUUUCCUCCAGAUAAUUCAAAGAAAGGGCGUUAAGCAUUGGCAUUGCAGUGUCUCUCAAAUGUGUUUUAGCAUUUAUAUAAAAGUAGAUAAGAGGAUUUGAUGCUGGAACAGGAUUUUUUUACCAACUGCUCUGUGUAUAAAGUCACUUUUCUUUGGAAGCAUGACGACCCUUCACAUGUGGAGUGAGAUGUUUGAGCCUCUGCAGCCUCCGCUAGCUUCUCGUAGAUGUCUGUUUAUGACCAGUGCCAACAAGUGAAGCACAACUAUUUUACUAUCUCAGUAUCUUUUUAAAUGUCGUUCUUUCUUUUUUUUCCUUCUGUUUUUCAAAGCAUUUAAGCUUCUUUCAGCAUUAGUACACUGAUGCAGUUUUUUUUAUUUUGGGCGGGGGGCGAUUAUAUUCUCUUUGUGAUGAUGAUGAUUAUGUACAGAUGAGAAUCAAAAUGAAUUUAAAAAGAUCCUCAAGUUGACUUUUAAUUUCUUGAAAAGUUUAUUAUACAUUUUAAGCGUUUUGUUUUCUAUUUGACUUUUGUGUCUUUUUUUUUUUAAUAAGUUUAGCAUAGAGUACAAUGUUUUGGAAAAUUAAUGUGAAUAUAAAUAGAUUUAAGUGUCAUUGAUUUGAUUGAUUGGAAACGAGUCACUGUAGAUGUAAGGUUUUUCUCUUUUUUUUUUAUACAUAAUUUUGUAACGUGUACAUGUAAAAGCUGUGGUUAUAUUGAGCUUGAACGCUGUGUUUGGAAAUAAACUAUAACUGAGGAGCAGCAGCUCUCUGGAGUGAUCCUGGCAGGAAACAGA